GCUAGCUGAAUCUGCUGAGGGUAAAAAUAUCUUCUUUUCUCCCUGGGACAUCUCAGUUUCCUUGGCCAUGGUGUAUUUAGGCACCAAAGGGACCACUGCAGCCCAAAUGGCCCAAGAAUUCAGUGUGGGCAAGCCUGAAGAAAUACACUCUGAUUUCCAGACACUUCUUUCAGAAAUCAACAGUUCCAACCUUGCUUGCAUACUUAAAACCGCCAACAGGAUCUAUGGGAAGAAAACUUAUCCAUUCCAUAAGAAAUAUGUAGAAGACGUGAAAACAUACUUUGGUGCAGAGCCACAGUCUGUGAAUUUUAUGGGAGCUUCCAACCAAAUCAGAAAGGAGAUCAACUCUUGGGCUGAAAAACAGACUGAAGGAAAAAUCCUGAAUAUCCUACCUGAUGAUGCUGUGGAGCCUACAACCAGAAUGGUUCUGGUAAAUGCCCUUUACUUUAAAGGAGUCUGGGAACAUCAAUUCUUAGUCCAAAAUGCCACAGAAAAGUCUUUCAAAAUAAACAAGGCGAGGCCUUCUGCAAACAGUCUUGGAGGACCAGGCGCUAGCCUCCACCGCCAAUCCGUCUGCUCUCGGCCCGGGCAGGGAGAUACACGAGAGGCUCAGCCUCCGCCCACGGGCCAGGCGCUGCACGGGCCGGGCCAUCUCCCCGAGUUCUGA